CCGGCGGCCGGAGGAAGCGGGGGCGGCGGGGCCGGGGCCGGGAGCGGGGCAGAAUCCCGGGAUCGGGAUGCGGGCACGGCCCGGGACGCCGCCUCGCUGCCCGGAGCGACACCAUGCACCCGGCUGUGGCUGUGGGGCUGGUGUUCGGCGGCUGCUGCAGCAACGUGGUGUUCCUGGAGCUGCUGGCCAGGCAGUUCCCAGGGUGUGGGAACAUCGUGACCUUCUCCCAGUUCCUGUUUAUUGCAGUGGAAGGUUUUAUCUUCGAGGCCAAUUUUGGGAGGAAGAGCCCAGCCAUCCCCAUCAGGAACUAUUUCAUCAUGGUGGCCAUGUUCUUCACCGUCAGUGUGGUCAAUAACUACGCCCUGAACCUGAACAUCGCGAUGCCGCUGCACAUGAUCUUCCGCUCGGGUUCUCUCAUAGCAAGCAUGGCUCUUGGGAUCAUCAUCCUGAAGAAAAGGUACAGUGUGUCCAAGUACACCUCCAUAGCCCUGGUGUCCCUGGGCAUCUUCACCUGCACCUUCAUGUCUGCCAAGCAAGUGGCAUCUGACUCCAGCUUAAAUCAAGAGGAUGGACCCCAGGCUUUCCUCUGGUGGUUGCUGGGUAUUGCUGCCCUCACCUUUGCCCUGCUGAUGUCUGCCAGGAUGGGGAUUUUCCAGGAGACUCUGUACCAGAAAUUUGGGAAGCACUCCAAGGAAGCCCUGUUCUACAACCACGCCCUGCCACUCCCAGGAUUCCUGCUCCUGGCUCCCAACAUUUACCAGCAUGCUGUGCUCUUCAACCAGUCUGAGCUGUUCCAGGUGCCAGUGCUCGGCCUGACCCUGCCAAUCAUGUGGUUCUACCUCCUCAUGAAUGUCAUCACCCAGUACGUCUGCAUCCGCGGCGUGUUCAUCCUGACCACGGAGUGCACGUCCCUCACCGUCACCCUGGUGGUGACACUCCGAAAAUUCGUCAGCCUCAUCUUCUCCAUCCUCUACUUCCAGAACCCCUUCACAGGCUGGCACUGGCUGGGCACUGCCUUUGUCUUCGUGGGCACCCUGAUGUACACAGAGGUGUGGAACAGCCUGGGGCCCCUCCUGGCCCGCUGCAGGAGCAGGGGGCUGAAGGAGGAGUGAACCAGGCACUUCCUGCAGGGACCUUUCUGUGGUUUUCCAGAGCAGAGCAGAGCAGCAGGGAGCCCCUCCCCAGGGGGUGUUUUUAUAACAGGGGAGGUGUUGGCUGUGCCAAGCUCCUGGGAAAUGGGGAUCCUCUGCUGGGAAUGGAUUAUGGAGAAACAAUCUGGUUAUUUUCUGUGAGUCAGCAUUUUUAUGUGACCCUUUUGCUUCCAAGGUUUUCUCUUUUUUUUUCUUUUUUUAAGGAAAAGCUGACUCAGAGCUUUGUUGGGAGCCCAACUUUUGUGGUGUUGGCUUGGAUCAGCUGGACCCUGAGCCAGUCUGGUGCUGACCUUUGAUUGUCCCAGAGUCUGGAGCUGAUGGCUGAGCCCCAUUCCAGUGGGAAUCCCUGAUCCCUGUGCUGGGAGCCUGUGGGAUGCAGCCCCAGCUGGAGCUGCCAGUGGAUCCUGAGAGGGCUGGGUUUAUUCUCCCUUUCCCAGUUGGGAUCAGCUUCCCCAUGGCUUUUGUGUCAGCCUGGCAAAGGCUCCUUGUCCCUCAGUGUCACACCUGCUUGUUUUCCUGGAGUUUCCCUGCAGUUUUCCUGCAGCAGCACCUUGUUCCCAUUCCUGCUCAGCUGGGACAGUUGAGGCAUCCAGGAGGGAUAAAGGAAAAAUGAUGGAAAAAAAAAAUCCCAACAUGAUGGAAAGGCAGCACCCAUCCCAAGCACUCCCUGAGCCAAGGUCACCUUUCCAAAACUACUUCAUUUUAUUUUUUUUUAUCAGCUGUCUGGGAUAAUCCUCUUCCCAGCUUUCCUGGCUUCAUCCUUGGGGAUGGGGAAAGGCUCCAUGCUGUACUGGGAGCACUGGUCUAGCCCCAGCCCCAAAUCCCAGUGUGGGAAAAGGGAACUCUGUCCCAGGCAGAGCCAGGUGGUGCUGCCAGGACCUGCAGCUCCAUCCUGAGGUCCUGAAGGAUUUUUUUUUUCCCAGUUUCCAUUUUUCCUGAGCCUGAAAAACUGAAUUUCAAGUGCCAUGGGAUUUUUCCAAGGGUUUUGUAGAUGGGGAGGCUGAGCUGGUGUAGGUCAGGUGUUGUUCCAGCUGUUUGUGGUGGCUCCAGGGACACAGAGAGAGGCAAAACUUUAUCCCUGAUUUUCAUCUUCCAAGCUCUUCACAUGGAGCUUCAGCUGGGACUGGGGAGGUGGGGAAGCCAAGAGAAAUUUGGGAUGAAGGAUUUUAGGAAUAGGGUGAGGUUUUUCAGAGAUCAGACAUGGUGGGGAAACAGUGGAGCCAUAACUCAAGAUCUGUGGGUGUUUUAUCCAGGGGUUCUGGGAUCCAGGGAUUGUAAAAACCAGGGAUUGUUUGAUCCAGGGAUUGUAGGAACCAGGGAUUGUGGGAUCCAGGGAUUGUGAUAUCCAGGCUUUGUGGGAUCCAGGGAUUGUAGGAACCAGGGAUUGUGGGAUCCAGGGAUUGUGGGAUCCAGGGAUUGUGAUAUCCAGGCUUUGUGGGAUCCAGGGAUUGGGGGAUCCAGGGAUUGUAGGAAUCAGGGAUUGUGGGAUCCAGGCAUUGUUUGAUCCAGGGAUUGUAAGAACCAGGGAUUGUAGGAUCCAGGGAUUGUAAGAACCAGGGAUUGUAGGAUCCAGGCAUUGUAGGAUCCAGGCAUUGUUUUAUCCAGGACUGAGCAGAGCUGACACAGCUGUAACACUCCAGGUGUGACAUUCUGUGCAUACCUUGGGUCACUUUUCCUCUCCAGGACCUUGUGUGUUGUCCCCAAUUCCCAUGGGACACGGGAAUAUUUGGGGGAUUUGGGCAUUCCCUUUUUUAAACCAUGUGCUUUUCACUCCCAACACAUCAACUGUGAGUUGUUUGUUGCUGUCAGGGAUUUUUUUUUUUUAAACUCCCUGGUGUGAUCAGUGUUUGGAAUAUUUAUAGGCAGCAAUUCCCUUCCUGCUGGAGGACAGAGGAGGAAAGGUCCAGGCAGAGGGGCCUUGUUAGCCAAAAUUAAUUAAAUCCAGGCUCCCCUCCAGGCUGGGGGCUGCUGUUUAGUUUGGUUUUAAUGUUUGUGUAGAGAUCAGAGCACCUAUUUUUUAGCAGAGGUUGGAAAAGGGAAGGACCCCACUGCUUUUGGGGUGGCUGGUUGGGUUUAGGGUGGGGUUUGGGAUGGUUUUUUUAAAGUGAAAUAAAUCUGUAUCCUCUUCAAAGGUU